CUGAAAAAACAAACAUGCACCAGUUCUCUUUGCUUCUUUUAAUUCUUUGUUUCCCCAAUACACACACCACACCCCGCUUAGAUCGGAUCUUUCUCAACAAACCACUCAAAACAACAACAAAACAAAACCCAAAAAAAAUAAUUUUUUGAUAUAUACAAAAAAAUAGACCAAGAACUUUCUCUCCCAUAUUUUCUUGCAGAAAAAGAUUGAUGCUUUUGCCAAAUUCAUGGGUUAAAUUUAUAUUGAAUGAUUUUAUUGUCAAAUAUAGGUUGUUGGGUUUUUGAUAAUGGGGAAUGUAACAGCAAGUGUAGCUGCAAAAUUUGCAUUUUUUCCACCAGACCCACCAACAUAUGAAGUAUUUAAAGAUGAAGAAGAAAGUAGUAGGCUUUGUUUCAGUGGAAUAACAGCUGAUAAGAAUGUGAAUGUUCAUUUAUUGGAUACAAAAGGUGGUAAUAAAAUUGUAGCCACUUUUUGGAAACACCCAAAUGGGAGAUUUACUCUUCUUUAUUCUCAUGGAAAUGCUGCUGAUUUGGGACAAAUGAUUGAUCUUUUUGUUGAGCUUAGAGCUCACCUCCGUGUUAAUAUUAUGUGCUACGAUUAUUCGGGAUAUGGUGGAUCAUCGGGUAAGCCAUCGGAGUUCAACACGUACUAUGACAUCGAAGCUGUCUAUAAUUGUUUGAAGAGCGAAUACGGCAUUAAGCAGGAGGAUAUUAUUUUGUACGGACAAUCUGUUGGCAGCGGGCCAACACUACACUUGGCGUCUCGCUUACAGAGGUUAAGAGCCAUCGUUCUUCAUAGUGCUAUACUUUCAGGAAUACGAGUUCUAUAUCCUGUAAAGAUGACAUUCUGGUUUGACAUUUUCAAAAAUAUAGACAAAAUACAAAAAGUCAGCUGCCCAGUUUUAGUGAUCCAUGGUACAGCAGAUGAGGUUGUUGAUUUUUCACAUGGUAAGCGUUUGUGGGAACUCGCCAAAGAGAAAUAUGAUCCGUUAUGGGUUGAAGGUGGAGGACAUUGUAACCUGGAGACAUUUCCUGAGUACAUUAAGCACUUGCGCAAAUUCGUUAAUGCAAUGGAGAAACACUCGUUUUCUAAACGAAACAAGGCACGGCUUUCUCAAGCCCCAAGUAUAACCGAAUCCAAACACAACAGAUGCUUAAGAUUUGGAAAGAGAUGAAAUGAUUUGUUCUAGUUAUUACUAAGAAGUGUUGCACAGGAAUUAGCUGCUUUUUCGCGAAAAUAGAAAAGGUUCGCGUUUAUUACAGCAACAUAACUGAUUUAAGUACUGGCUGUUUUAACACCGAUGUUACCAACUCAAGAUUCUGCUGCUGAGCUUGUUUCGUCGUUUGCUAAAGAUUGAGGUAACGCGAGUAAGAUUUAGCCAGUUCGUUACAGAUUGCUGCUCACUUGAUUAGUUUAUGUGUUGGACAAGAACAGUUGACUUGUCUGUUAAUGUAACAGUGUGUAUUUUCCCCAGAAAAGAUUAUGGUUAGACUUAAUGCAACUCUCUGUACACUAGCAAUCUCAGUGUUUUAAGUAGAGACCACAUUUUCUUGGCAAUAGAGAUGCAAAUUUAUUUGCAUGUAUCA